CCGAUAGCAGAGACUUUGCUGACAGCGCGAGAGACAAAAUAGUUUCAUUAGCCUUUUAUUUGGACGCCUAUUAAGGCGCAGUGUUUGCCGACAGGCUUCUGUUUCAAUCCAGUGGAUGUUUUGUUAAGUUUUUUUCUCUACUGUGCCUUUACCUAAAAACAAUGCCGCGCGGAGGAAAAAAGGGCCACAAAGGGAGAGGGAAGCAGUUUAGCAACCCGGAGGAGAUUGAUCGACAGAUGAGACUCCAGAGGGAGUUGGAGGAAAGUGGUGGUGCAGAGAAGGGGAGCUCAGAGUCUGAGGAGGAAAGCAGCAGUGAAGAGGAGUUGGAGUCUAAGAAGAGGAGUGGUGUGGAGGGGCUCAUAGAAAUUGAGAAUCCAAACCGGGUUUCCCAGAAGAGCAAAAAGGUCACAGAAAUCGAUGUGACUGCCCCCAGAGAGCUGUCCCGUAGAGAGAGAGAGGAGAUAGAGAAGCAAAAAGCAAAGGAACGUUACAUGAAGCUCCAUCUGGAGGGUAAGACUGAACAGGCACGAGCUGAUUUGGCCCGACUGGCCAUCAUUAAGAAACAGAGGGAAGAAGCUGCCAAGAAGAGGGAGGAACUCAAGAAAGCUGAAGAGGCCCAAGCGAAGCGUUAGCAUCUCACCUGGAAGCCUCAACACACUGCUCUGUCUCAGGGGAACAGAGGGAGCAGGACCAACACUGAGUGGAUCCUGAUCAGUGUUGCUCCUCAUCUCGCGUCCCUCGCUUUCAGAUCAGAGGGAGGUGGGACUUCUCUGUAUUUAGGGGCAUCAGAAUUAAGGGGUCUGGGCAAUAUUUCUUUAAAUAUAUCAAAUGUAUGGCUGUUUCAUGGAGAAAUGCUGAAAGGUUUCAGUGGAUCAGGACUUUUACACAGUGCUGUUAAAAGAAUAAUGUAAGUUGGUAAGAUCACUCUGUUUUAUAAAGAAAUGUCAUAAUUUUUUAACUUAGGAGAAUUAUUGUUCUAAACUCCACAUAAGGCUCAAUAAUCCAGCCCUGCCUGACGCACAUGUGACCACAGCUCUUUCUUUG